CCCACAACUCGGGCGGUGACUGAGCGGAGUGCAGCUCGUCGGACAGCGGCUUUUAUUGACAUUCGCCAAAACCAAUGAGAGCUCGCAAUUGAGGGAGCGCAUCCAACGAGAAGCGAGGAGGGCGGGAUUUGGGAAUCAAACUUGGUUGAAUGGCGAGCGCUGAGACCACCGACUGAGGAGGAGGCGAUGCCCUAUCGAUCCGGGGCGGGCUUCAGGAGUGGGCCGGCCGGCACAUCGCGCUGUAGACUCCGGUUUUGGAUCACUGUCGCUGACUGUCUUUCCCGUUUUGGCUGCAGAAGGAGUCACCGUUAAAGGUGUGAUCGCACAUGGAUAAACAUCAUGGAUAAACAUCAUGGAUAAACAGCUCGCCAGGCGGCCGGCUCUGCGGCCGUGAUCAGACCCCCCCCCCGGUCUGUAGCGGGAUCCGGCACCGCGAAGCGCCGUCUUCUCCCGGUGGCAGUAAGGUCUCCUUAGCCGGGCAUCGCCCCCGCCCCCGGAGCUGCGGGGGCGCGCAGGUGCGCGGAGGCGCGUCCCCGGUGCUCCGUGAGGCCGGUACCUUGGUCUCGGACCCGCCGCACCUCCGCGGACACGAAGCGCCGGGGAGGCUGAUCAAAAACCACGACGGACUCAAUCAGAGGGACCUCCGGCUGUCGGAGAGAAACCCGCCCGUGCCUGAUAAUCUUUUUUAAUGUAUUAAUGGCGCUUUACUGGCUGCAGUGUAAUUAAUGUCGCUUAUUCCCUGGUUUCGCGUAAGAUGAGUAAAUGUAACAAGUAAGGUGAUUCAAUGUAACAACGUUGUUUCAGUUGCUUUUACGGAAACAUUUAAUUGACACGUGUAGUACAUUCUAGGAAGUCGUUAUUCUAGGAAAUAAUGGACUGUAUGCAAAUUACUGGCCAAGCCCAGGAAUUGAUAUUAUUUGACUGAUACUUUUGUGAGAUGACGGUAAAUACACGCUGGUAAAGCGAUGGAUAGGUGUCGAGAGCUGAUCUCACGCCUGCCCUCAUAUUUAGUUUAAUCGCUGUUAUUUUGAUACUUUUUAAUUGCAUAUCAUGUCCCGAUCGAACAGCGUGAGCCCCCCCGCCGUGGCCCCCCCUGGGCCCCGAGAAGGCACCGAACACAGGUCAGCUUGGGCUGAGUCUGAGUCCAUGGCCAAUGGGUGCCCGUACCCAAGCCGGACCCUGAGCCGUAAGCUGGGCCGGGCCAGCAGCAGAUGGAGGGAUGUGGAUGAGCUGGAGCGGGACCCCGGACGUCCCACCACCACCGUGAGCCGAGUCAGCUUCAGGUCCAAGUCGGCAUGGCAGGAGCACGGGGAGGAGGGCCAGAACAAUAACAGGUCUUCCCCAAAGCUUAUGGACGGGGAGGUGAGGCCACGCUCCGUGGAGCUGGGACUGGAGGACCGGAGGACCAAGGCCAAAGGUGACGAGGAGCUGGUGCCCGAGGUCUACUUCUCCAUGGUGUCCUGCUGCAGCAACGUCAUGCAGGUCUUCAGGUCCAAGAAAUUCCAGUCGGAGAAGCUGGAGAGACUCUACCAGCGCUACUUUUUCCGGCUUAAUCAGAGCAGCCUGACGAUGCUCAUGGCCGUUCUGGUGCUGGUCUGUGCAGUCAUGUUAGGCUUUCACUGCGCUGGAACUGCGUACCGCGUGCCUUAUGUGGUGGUCUUCUCACUGACUAUCCUCCUCAUCCUCCUGCUCAUGGUAUUAUGUAACAGGAAUGGGUUCCACCAGGACCACAUGUGGAUCGUCUGUUAUCUCGUCAUCUUGGUCGUCUUAGUGGUUCAAGUGGUCGGGGUGUUGUUGGUGGAGCCACGCAGUGCCUCGGAGGGGAUAUGGUGGACCGUGUUCUUCAUCCACACCAUUUACACGCUGCUGCCGGUGAGAAUGAGAGCCGCCGUCAUCACUGGGGUGCUGCUCUCUGCCGUGCACGUGGCUGUGUCAUGGAAGCUCAACGAGGCCGACGUCUUCUUAUGGAAACAGUUGGUCUCCAACGUGCUGAUAUUCUCCUGCACCAACAUCGUGGGCGUCUGCACGCACUACCCAGCCGAGGGCUCACAGCGGCAGGCCUUCCAGGAGACCCGGGAGUGCAUCCAGGCCCGGCUGCACUCGCAGAGGGAGAACCAGCAACAGGAACGGCUCCUGCUUUCUGUGCUCCCCCGCCAUGUUGCUAUGGAGAUGAAAGCCGACAUUAACGCCAAGCAGGAAGAUAUGAUGUUCCACAAGAUUUACAUCCAGAAGCAUGACAACGUGAGCAUUCUCUUCGCUGACAUCGAGGGCUUCACCAGCCUGGCCUCGCAGUGCACCGCCCAGGAGCUCGUCAUGACGCUCAACGAGCUGUUCGCCCGCUUCGACAAGCUGGCCGCGGAGAACCACUGUCUACGUAUUAAGAUCCUGGGCGACUGUUACUACUGUGUAUCAGGCCUGCCGGAGGCGCGAGCGGAUCAUGCCCAUUGCUGCGUGGAGAUGGGCGUCGACAUGAUCGAGGCCAUAUCGUUGGUGCGGGAAGUGACUGGUGUCAACGUCAACAUGCGCGUGGGCAUCCACAGUGGCCGCGUGCACUGUGGGGUACUGGGCCUGCGCAAGUGGCAGUUUGAUGUUUGGUCCAAUGAUGUCACACUGGCCAAUCACAUGGAGGCAGGCGGCAAGGCCGGGCGCAUCCACAUCACCAAAGCUACACUGAACUACCUAAACGGCGACUACGACGUAGAGCCGGGCCGAGGCGGUGAGAGGAAUGUCUACCUGAAGAAACACAACAUCGAGACCUACCUCAUCGUGGGCUGCAGCCAGAAGCGGAAAGAGGAGAAGGCCAUGAUCGCCAAGAUGAACCGGCAACGCACCAACUCAGUUACACACAACACCUCACACUGGUGUUCUGACCGCCCAUUCUACAACCACCUGGCUGGCAACCAAGUCUCCAAGGAGAUGAAGAGGAUGGGCUUUGAGGACCCCAAGGACAAGCAUUUCAUUUUCAGAAACACCCAAGAGAACCUGAACCCCGAGGAUGAGGUAGACGAGUUUCUGGGCCGGGCCAUUGACGCCAGGAGCAUUGACCGGCUGCGAUCAGAACACGUCAAGAAGUUCCUCCUGACCUUCCGGGAGCCUGACCUGGAGAAGAAGUACUCCAAGCAGGUGGACUCCAAAUUCGGGGCGUAUGUGGCCUGUGCCUCCCUCGUAUUCCUAUUCAUCUGCUUCAUCCAGGUUGUCGUGGUACCACGCUCCACACUGAUGAUCGGCUUCUACGUCACCUGUCUCUUUCUCCUGCUGGCUGUCAUGUUUGUCUCGACCAUCUACUCCUGCUACUGGUUUUUCCCAGUGUCUCUGCAAAACCUCUCCAAGAAGAUUGUCCAGUCCCGGAUGAACAGCACCCUGGUGGGGAUCUUCACCAUCAUCCUGGUCUUUCUUUCUGCCUUCAUCAACAUCUUCACCUGCAGCACCAGCGAUUUGCCCAGCUGCCUAGCGCAGGAGUUCAACAUCAGCCGCAGCCAUGUGAAUGCCUGCCAUGUGCAUCACUCCGCCCUCAACUACACCCUGUACACCCUCAAGGGCAUCUGCGGGGACCCAGCACCCAGCUGCAGCUUCCCAGAGUAUUUCUCCUCCUGUGUGCUCCUCAGCCUGCUGGCCUGCUCGGUCUUCCUGCAGAUCAGCAGUAUCGGGAAGCUGCUCCUCAUGCUCUUCAUCGAGCUUGUUUACAUGCUGGUGCUGGAGCUCCCCGCCGUCAGCCUCUUCGACAACGUGGACCUGCUGGUGGUGGCCAAUGCUAUAGAACAUGCCAAUGGGACUUGCAUGCCGAUGGACUCUAAGGUUCCCCUGAAAAUCAUGACCCCGGUGGUCAUCACCGUCUUUGUGCUGGCGCUCUACCUGCAUGCCCAGCAGGUGGAGUCCACCGCCCGGCUCGACUUUCUCUGGAAGCUGCAGGCCACCGAGGAGAAGGAGGAGAUGGAGGAGCUCCAGGCCUAUAACCGCCGGCUCCUCCACAACAUCCUGCCCAAGGACGUGGCUGCCCACUUCCUGGCUCGCGAGCGUCGCAACGACGAGCUCUACUACCAGUCAUGCGAGUGCGUGGCCGUCAUGUUCGCCUCCAUCAGCAACUUCUCCGAGUUCUACGUGGAGCUGGAGGCCAACAACGAGGGCGUGGAGUGUCUGCGGCUCCUCAACGAGAUCAUCGCUGACUUCGACGAGAUUAUCAGCGAGGACCAAUUCCGGCAGCUGGAGAAGAUAAAGACCAUCGGCAGCACCUAUAUGGCCGCAUCGGGUCUCAAUGCCUCCACCUACGACAAGGCGGGCCGCUCACAUAUCCGUGCCUUGGCCGACUAUGCCAUGCGCCUCAUGGACCAAAUGAAGUACAUCAAUGAGCACUCCUUCAACAACUUCAAGAUGAAGAUCGGUCUCAACAUCGGCCCGGUGGUGGCCGGGGUCAUCGGUGCCCGGAAGCCGCAGUAUGACAUCUGGGGCAACACGGUAAACGUGGCCAGCCGCAUGGACAGCACCGGAGUCCCCGAGAGAAUCCAGGUGACCACAGACCUGUACCAGGUGCUUAGUUCCUACAGCUACCUGCUGGAGUGCCGGGGUGUGGUGAAGGUUAAGGGCAAGGGUGAGAUGAUGACCUACUUCCUCAACGGGGGACCUGCCGGCACCUAACCAAGGCCCGGCCGGCUAGGCAGCAGGCAGGUGCCAGGGGUGGCAGCGUGUGGGGAGGAAGCAGGUCUCAGCAGCAUUGGGACAGGGGGGCUGCCUCGGGCAUACCCCUAAGGACAAAAAGCCACACCCACUUGCAGGGACGUACCCCAGGACCAGGAUACGAAAGCCCCCCCGGGCAGGGUCUGGUGGGAGGGGCCCCUAUGCCACCCGGCAUCUGAAGAGACCAAAGAAAUUGCACAGACUUGGCAGACAGACGCACCUCAGGUGUGAUGUGUAAACCAGGGAAUGCGCCACCUGGAGGAUGAACAGGAAUAGUGCAGCAGAGAGCAAAGGCAGCACCUCAUGCUGGAGCUCCCUGCUCACCGUCCAUAACAAGGCCUCUCGUGGACGACCUGGGGAUCGAGUGCAUGAAAAGACUAUUAUGCACAACUACAACACAUGGAUGCACACACGCGCAUACGUAGAACUGUCAUGUAACGCGUGUGUCUGGAGCCGCUGGAGACAGGUGAAGACAGUUGCAGAGAUGGGGAGGAAGGCUUCUUUUUGUAUUUUGACUCAAAAAUAAAUCUAGCAUAUAUUUGAGAAUCUA